AUGGCUGACGUCGCCGUCGAGAACCCGGCCAACAGCGUGGCAAUCCACAAGCGGCCUGCUCCAGCUGACUCGGUACCUAUCAUCGAUUCAUUAGAUGGAACCGGUGGUGAUAGCGGCGAUGAAUACGCUACCUUGAAGCGUCUACAAAGACAUCUAGAGUACAUUCAUCUCCAAGAGGAGUACAUCAAAGACGAGCAGAGGAGUUUGAAACGAGAACUAGUUCGCGCCCAAGAAGAGAUCAAGCGGAUACAAAGUGUUCCACUGGUGAUCGGCCAGUUCAUGGAAGCUAUCGAUCAAAAUACCGGGAUCGUACAAUCGUCAACCGGUUCCAACUAUGUGGUCCGCAUCCUUUCUACCCUCGACCGAGAGAAACUGAAGCCAUCGUCAUCGGUUGCCCUACACAGACAUUCGAACUCGCUAGUCGAUAUUCUCCCACCGGAAGCGGAUUCGUCCAUUGCUAUGCUGGGUGCACAUGAGAAACCAGAUGUUACAUAUGCUGAUGUCGGCGGAUUGGAUAUGCAGAAGCAGGAAAUCAGAGAGGCUGUGGAACUGCCACUCACACACACCGACCUCUAUCAGCAGAUUGGUAUCGAUCCCCCGCGCGGUGUUUUGCUCUAUGGUCCUCCGGGUACUGGAAAGACUAUGCUGGUCAAGGCUGUGGCCAACAGCACUACAGCCAGUUUCAUCCGUGUGGUUGGUUCGGAAUUCGUCCAAAAAUACCUGGGAGAAGGUCCUCGUAUGGUCCGCGACGUUUUCCGUAUGGCUCGCGAGAAUUCACCGGCCAUUAUCUUUAUUGAUGAAAUCGACGCUAUUGCCACCAAACGUUUUGACGCACAGACAGGCGCUGAUCGUGAGGUCCAGCGUAUUCUUCUAGAGCUUCUCAAUCAAAUGGACGGUUUCGACCAGGGCAGCAAUGUCAAGGUCAUCAUGGCCACCAACCGAGCCGAUACACUAGAUCCUGCCUUGCUUCGCCCUGGUCGUCUCGAUCGCAAAAUCGAAUUCCCUUCACUUCGUGACCGCCGCGAACGCCGACUGAUUUUCACCACGAUUGCAGCAAAAAUGUCAUUGUCCCCCGAGGUGGAUUUAGAUUCAUUGAUCGUGCGAAACGAGCCUUUAUCUGGUGCCGUUAUCGCGGCUAUUAUGCAAGAAGCCGGCCUGCGCGCCGUUCGCAAGAAUCGCUACAACAUUAUCCAAUCUGAUUUGGAAGAUGCAUAUUCCAGCCAAGUGAAGACUAGCCAGGAAGCCGAUAAGUAUGCUCUCCCAGAUAACGCCAUUCAGGCUAUACUUGCGGAAUCAUAA